CGAAACAUUCAUGAAAUUGAAGCCGUUUAGUUCAAGCAGACCAAAACGAUGGGAUAGCAUCGGCAAAACUUGGAAAUGGAUAGCAGGUACCCCAGACGCAGAUGACUUGAAGAUGAUCAACACCAGCAUCAACUCCUUGGUACUCCAGAAUAAUCAACAAGUAUUAAUCAACGAAGAAAUUGGAAAACGAAUUCAGGAUAUAACAGCAAUCACCAACCAAGUUCUGAAAGCUGAAAAAGAGAGAACGAAGAACCGAUCUUUGGAAUUUAAUCAACUCAUAAUGUUAUCAAACCUUGAUUCACUACAAGAUCAAGUCGAGACAUUGGAAGAAGCGGUUUUAAUGGCAAAACAUGGAAUUCCCUGUAGUAAGUUAUUAACGAUACACAAUUUUAAUAACAUUGCUACUUAUCUAGCCAAAUAUGAUAUGUUUAUAUCAUCAUUUGAAGAAUUAUUAUCAAAAGCCAAAGCACAAGUUAUGAUGAACACAACACAUAUUCAUUAUAUCUUAAAGAUUCCGCAAUUAUCAAUCAAUACUUAUGAACACAUCUAUGUUGAUUCGAUAAUUAAGAAUGACAAAAGAAUUUCCAUAAAGCAAAAUUAUUACUUACGAAAUUUAUCUCAUAUUUAUGAAUUGAAACAUUCUUGUUCAAAUGAAGCAGAAUAUUUCUUAUGUGAGAAUCAAGACAUUGAUAUUCCACCACAUUGCAUAAAGGAAUUAAUAUUUGGACAACAUACAAAUUGCACCUUUGAACGAGUCUAUUCAAAAGGAUUAAUAAAAAGAAUAACGGAUGCAACAAUUUUGAUUAAUGAUGCAGUUAUCGAAAUAACAUCAAAUUGUAGCAAUAACAAUCAUAUUCUUAAUGGAUCAUUUUUAAUCCAAUUUGAACAGUGCAAUUUAAGAAUAAAUGGAGAAUUAUAUUCGAAUUAUGAGAUGACAUUACCAAAUAAUCCUUAUCAUCCAACAACAGGAUUAUUAGUGAACGAGAUAGGAAUAAUUGACUCACCAACCCCGGAGUACUUGACGAAUUUAACAUUAUCUCACCGUGCAAAAAUGGAUUUCAUCGAACUACAGAACCAGUCAUUGGAAUGGAAAUUCAACCUAUUUGGAUCAUUCACCGGAACAUUGGUAACGAUAACUAUAAUUUAUUUUGCCAUUCGUUUAGUUCUUUCUAGAAGGAAUUCGCUUCAAAUAAACAUCAAGCCUGAGAAGAUAGACGAAACAGCAUUGACAGAAAUAUCAACAGAGCCUGAGUCUUCAACAAAACAGUUGUCGGAGGAAAAACAAAACGAGAUUGAAAAAUUCCUGAAUGUAUCAACACCUUAUCGAAACAUUUGAGCUUCUGGAAGAAGUCACUUAAGAAGGGAGGAGUUACGUCAACACCAUCCAGACGGUCAACGAUAGUAAAACAAAAACAGAUGUGGCCUCGACUGAUUGAUUGGAAUGCGGCGUGGCGAGCUUCAUUAGAAUUAAAUUAUUUUAAACACAAGUGUUUCGGCUAAUUGAAUUGAUAGGAAAGAACCAUAUGUUCUUUAUGUCUAGAAAGACCAUAUGUUCUUUGUAUUAGAAUUGUAUAAAAAGGGAUUAGCAAUUGGUAGUAACUUUAGAAUCAGUUCAGGUACAGUCAGAGUUAGUUCAGACUUAGGAGUGGUUCUCAUAAUUGUAUGUUGGGUUAUUAAGAAUAAAAUAUAUUUUUUUAUUCAAACCUAGCGUGCAAUUAUUAAUUCCAGCGUGGAAAUCCAGGUUGUGUCUGCGAAAUAAGAUGCUUAUUUAUAAGCAAGUAUUCCGACCAGCGAUAAUGUAUGCAGUUCCGAUUUGGUCUAGCUGCUGCGCGACAAGGAAAAAAGCCAUCCAGAGGAUUCAGAACAAGGUUC